UGUGGGAUACUGGAGGGUUCGGACCUGGCCCUCCGGACGGCGGAGUGUUGUUGGCGGAAGGGAAGAGGCGACAGUAACGGGUAGGAGGAGGGACAGCGGGGGCCGAUGGAUCGGACAGCCGGAGCCAAGAGGCGAGGGCCCGGCGGGGGAGGCCUGAGCUCCAACUCCCGGUCCCUUUCGUCCAACAGCCUGCCGGUUGCCGGCGGGGCCUCCCCGAAGCCCAGUCCCGCUAGCUCGCGGCGCAGGAGGCAGCCUCCUCGGCCCGCCGACUACAAGCUGCAGGUCAUCAUCAUCGGCAGCCGGGGAGUUGGCAAGACCAGCCUGAUGGAACGCUUCACAGACGACACCUUCAGCGAGGCCUGCAAAUCCACUGUCGGUGUUGAUUUUAAAAUCAAAACAAUAGAACUAAGAGGGAAGAAAAUUAGAUUACAAAUCUGGGAUACUGCAGGGCAGGAGAGGUUCAACAGCAUUACUUCAGCAUAUUAUAGGAGUGCCAAGGGAAUUAUCUUAGUGUAUGACAUUACUAAAAAAGAAACUUUUGAAGAUGUACCAAAAUGGAUGAAAAUGAUUGAUAAGUAUGCUUCAGAAGAUGCAGAGUUGCUAUUAGUGGGAAAUAAGUUGGACUGUGAAGUUGAUCGAGCAAUCUCUCGUCAACAGGGAGAAAAGUUUGCCCUGCAGGUAACUGGGAUGCGUUUUUGUGAAGCCAGUGCAAAGGACAACUAUAAUGUCAAUGAGAUCUUUAUGAAGCUUGUGGAUGACAUCCUAAAUAAGUUGCCCGAUGUACCCAGACGAGAAUUAUCAAACAGCAUUUUAUCACUGCAACCAGAGCCUGAAAUUCCUCCAGAACUGCCACCGCUUCGACAGAACGUUCGCUGCUGCUGACCAGUGCUUCUGUGCUCCCACUACUCUGCCAUACUAAGCUCGUACCCAUGUCUGUGCGUUGCUGUAAUACAAUCAGCCUCGCCAUUGUCAUCGUUGCACUUUGUAGGAAUGACCAGACAAGAGCUCAAGACUAAUUUUGUCUACGUGUGAGAUUUUUAAAAUGGUAUAGGAUCAAAUGACACUGUUCAGAAUAACUGCACAUUUUUUUAAAAAAUCCUCUGAUCUCUGGCAAAGUUGAUGUUUUCUAUUCUAGUACUGUAUUUAUUGUUGGUGUGCAGUACCACGUGUUUAUAAUGAGUUUGAAAGGGACAAGUUUUGGUACUCCCAAGAAAAGCAAUCCACUGAACAUGGCUGUCUAAUCACUAGUACAAGGCUGCCAUUGUCCACAGUACCUUAGUAUUAACACUCCCUUUCUUUCCUGAAUAGUGCAAGACAUGCACCUUACAGUGGAACUAAUAAAACAGAUUUGGAAUAUAUUUUAGGAGGAGCGCAUCCCAUUAGCCACAUCUUUUAUUUGUCAUUUGAAUGUUGGUACAGAGACUGAUUGAUUUAUAUUCUUUUUCCUCUCUCUCUUUCAGAUGUUGGGAACUAAAAGGUAACACUAACUUGUUAUUUCAGUCAUUCAGAAAAAAAACAUAUAGUAUACAUUACAUUGUAACAUGAAGGAGUUGUUCCCAGUGUGCUGCAAAGAAUAAGUGCACAGUGGCAGAAAGAGGUCGUGCUAUUUUAACUUUAAUUUACUUUGUUUCAAAGACGCAACUCUAUAUUGAAAAGAGCAAAAUUAAAAUUCUCCUUUGGUAGUCAUCAACAAGUUGACUGUUGAGAAAAGACACUAUUUGUGCUCACUUUGGAAGCACUUAUGCUUUAAAAAAACACUAGGGGUGGUGUGGGCUAAGAUUUUAGGUGGAUAUUUUAUAAUGUAUAUGAAAUUUCAAAUGGGCAUUUUAUAGAAGUUGCCUUAUUAAGAUCAAAUGUUUAAAUUUUGGUCUGUUGAGAACUGUUUUGAUUGUGCAAAUGACUGCGCCUCUCACUUGCAUAAUAACAGUGAGCAGCACUCCCUCAUAAUGUUGUUGAGUUUUAAUUUCAGGUGCCAAGCACAUUGUAAAAUGGGUGCAUUUUUACUUAAAGAAAACCCACUUCAGACAUGGCUCGUAAUACGAGCAGCAAAGUAGCUUCCUUACCCAGUAUUGCAGAUUAUUGUAGAAAUAUGUCAAAUAAGAGGACAGUAUUCAUUUUGUUUAUAUUAAUGGUCAAGGAAGUAAUUUUGAUAACUUAAAGAACAUUAUACGUAAUGGAACCUGCAAUAGGACAGAUUCACUUUCCACCUGUAGAGCUAUUGAUUCCAGAUUGUGCAUGAAGACAGUGCUUUACAUAGAGUAUGAAGUAGGUCUUCCAACCCAUUAGUGCAUGUGUUAUUUAAAAAGUGAAGUCUCUUUUGUUGGUGUAGCUGACUUUUUUCAUGGAUUACAGUGUAAGCAUGGUAUGUAAAAUUGUGACCUAUUAAAACUAUAUAUAUAUAUACAUAAACCAUGAAGAUAUUAGAUUUUUUGUUUCCUAACUAAAGAGUAAUUGAUGACAAUUGAAUCCACAGGGCAACGUAAUGUUGCAAGUGUGGGGUUUUGCACUGACCCUUCAGCUUCAUAUAGGAUGCAACUCUUGUCCAUGUGGGGAGAUGCCUGGUUUUACCAGCAGUACAGGUGUGCACUGUUCAAGAUUGUUUCUUGGCUGUUCUAGAGACAGCUGCAUUUUGUUGUCCCUGAGCUCUCAAUUUUAAAGCUAAUUUGGAAGAAUUUUAUUGGUCUCAAAGAUACCUUAAAAUUAAUGCUGAUUUUGGGUUGCAUUUUAUAUCUUGUGAGCCAUACUUUAAAACUUUGGCCCUUCUUUCCAUCUGUUCCUUUGAAACAAAUUUGCCAUGGCUUCAACUUUUUGAAGCUAUGGUAAAAACACUAUUUCUGUCCUUGAGCCUCAGAAUUUAGCUCCAUUAAUUCAGCUUCAAUAGUAAUUGGUUUGUAAAUUAUUGUACCCAUGGUGUGUUACAUAUCGAACACUCGAAAUAUUGACCUUCCUUUCCCUGGAUAAAUACUAAGAUAUUUGAGAUUCAAGGUGCAAACUUAAUAUAGAUCUUUCCUUGAAUCAAGUAUCACAUUGUUUACAAAUCUUCCAAGCCUUUGCCAUGAUGAAUUGUUUGUUAAAAGUACCUUUUCUUUUAAAGAGGGCGAGAAAAGCCAACUAUGCUUUUUAAUUGAGUUUUAUUGUGGGGGAAAAUAUUACUAAACUUGAAGUGACUUUUUUUAAUUAGUGCUGAUUGUCAGCCUUUUUGCCCACAUCACCCCACUCCACCUGAACCUGUAUUGAAUGCAAUCUUUAAGUUUAGACUAACUGAACAUGAGAAAAGGCAAUAAUGUGCUGUAUAUUGUGAAUUUCCCACAAAAGAAUGUUAUUUUUCUUUAGAGCUAGAGCAGAUAUACAGUCUUUUUCCAAUCCCCAACCAAGCGUGCUAACUUUAAAGAAAUAACUAUGACUCAAAUCCCAUGUCAUUCCCCCUUGUCUCAUAAAGGAAGAAAUCAUGUAUUUUCAUUUGUAACAGCAGAGCAGUAAUUCGAAAUGCUGUGUAUGUCAAAACUCUGUUAACUACCACUGGGUUACACUAAUGAACAAUUCACUGGCCAAGUUCUAGGGGGGAAAAAAAGAUCAUUUUGUCUUUUUCUUAAAAAUAAACUGGAAAAGUAUGAACAAAAUGAAGUUAGAUGCAGCCAUGAAGAGAAGGAAGUGACUGCUGCAUAGUGUUUGUGGAUCCUAGUUUAGUAGAAUAUGAAGCACUUAUUUCAAAACCACAGGUUGUAAGGUAUAAGCCUACUGAUUUGAAUUUAGAAAGCAUCUUGAUAUAAUUAGAGUUCAGUGAUGUUUUGUUCUUUCUUGGAAGUUAGAUAUGGUAACGAUGUUUGUGUUGAUAGUUGUAACAUGAUUUUUUUUAUAUUUAUAUACUCAUGAACUUUAUAUUACACGCAAAAUGCUUUCCUUGCCCAUUGAAGGUAUUUAAAUAAAUUGUUUUUUUUAAUCCACAUCAACAACAACAUGAUGAAAAUUGGAGGGAAUAUUCUGUAGUUGCAGUCCCUUGAGCAUAAUUAGCUUUUCCUUAUGUAAGUUGGCUCAAAGCUUUUAAACAAAAUUGUAUUUAAUGUUUCCAUUUGGAAAAAAUAAAUCUAUAUUGCCAUCAGCAUUUGUGGAAAUGUACUGUGCUUAGCCCAUUAUUAACCCAGUCGUUGGAAAAGUUUUGCAGACAGAUGUGCAAAAAAGCAAAUAAGAAUGUGUUAAGAAUAACCAAGCACUAUGUCCAACCAAGAUGCAUUCACUGGAAAAGUAAAUUGAAAGGUGACAUACACAUUCCAUUCUCCACCCUUGCAUGCUCAAAGUCCAAAAUGUUUUAAUCACCAGAUUCUGAAGAAAGGAACCCAGAACAUGUUUGAAUGCAGUAUCGCAGGGCACCUGCCCAGGCAUGAUAUUGCAUUUUCUAAUUUGUAUUUUACCAGAUUGACUUUCUUAAUUUGGCAGUGCUGGUCUGGAUAAUUUGUCAGGCUUUUGAGAAAGUCAAAUAGCUUUUGAAAUAAAGCAUAUCAAAUAUUCAGUCCUGUGCAUAGUGUCUCUUAUACAGCUUGAUAUUAUGGUUCCAUGGGGAAACCAUUAACCAAAAUAAUCAAAUUUACUGAAUGACCAUGUUUCAAAUUUUGUCAUUUUUAUUUUAGCUCAAACCAGAGCCAAGGUAAGUUAUAUAUGAAUCAAUGAAUAAAAGUAUACAACGUGUUUCACUGUAAAUAAUUGGUCCAGCAGAGGCAUUUUUUGUAACAACAAGCCUUCGCACCACUCCUUACUGGAAUGUGGGCACAUGCAGCUACUCAUUUCUACAAUUUGUUGUUGAUUAUUCGUAUGGGAUAAGUCAAUAGUGCUUUUGAAUUUCAUGUACACAACUAUCAUAAGGUUCUAUGAAUCUUUUUUUCCUUGGGUCACAACAGUACUGGUGGUACAGGUUUCCGGAGUUUUGUUUAGCCAACCAACCACUGAUAGAAUGACAUAGGUAUAGGCAUUGGGUGGAGAGCUGUGAGAUGUUAAAAGAAAGUUAAAUUUGAUGUGGUUUAGAUGGGCUUUAAGCAUGGUUUUUGAGGCCCCUCAUGGUAGACUGGUCAAAGGUAAGAGCCCGUAGGAUUCAAGGCAAAGUGGCAUGUUUGAUCUAAAAUUGGUUGAGUCAGAAAGCAGAGGGUGAUGGUUGAGGGAUAUUUCUGUGACUGGAAGUCAGCUUCCAGUGGAGUUCCAGAGGGUGAUGGUUGAUGGAUAUUUCUGUGACUGGAAGUCAGCUUCCAGUGGAGUUCCAGAGGGCUUGUUGCUGGGCCCCUUGUUGUUUGUGUCCGUUAAUGAUUUGGAAGUAGAUGACUGGGUAUGACCAAGCAGUGUGUGGAUGCACAAAAAGUGGUAGGGUGCAAAAUAGCACAAACUGCAGGAGGAAAAUCAGUGGAUUUGCCAGGCGUCUAGAGAAGUCGCAAAUGGAAUUCAACUUGUAAGUUGUGAGGGAAUGCAUUUGGGGAGGACUAAUAGGCAAGGGGUUACAAUGCAAAUGGUGGGACUCUGGAAAUUACUGAAAAUCAGAAGGACCUUGGUGUUAUAUUCACAGAUCCCUGAAAGUAGCAGGGCUAAGGUAGAAAAAGUAUGUAAGGAAGCUUAUGGAAUAUUUGCCUUUAUUAACUGAGACGUAGAGUAGAAGAGCUGGUUAUGCUGGAGCAGUAUAAAAAGUAUGUUAGAGUCACACUUAGUGUACAGUGUUCAGUCUGGCCACCACAUGAUAUGAAAAAUGUGAUUGCGUUAGAGAGUGUGUAGGGGGGAUUUACAAAUAUACUGCCUGGGCUGGAGGGACUGAACUAUAAAAUAAAAAUGGACAGGGUGGGUUGUUUUCCUUGGAGCAGCAAAGGUUGAGAGGGGACCCAAUUACAAUAGGUAUGGAUAGGAUGGAUCAUGAUACACUUCUUUACAAUUUGUAGAGGGAUUAACAACCAGAGUGCUCAGAUUUAAGACAAGAGGUAGAAGGCUAAGAGGAGAGUUUAGAUUUUUAUUCACCCUGAGGGUAGUAGGAGUCUAGAACUCUGCCUGUGAAUGGGUGAGUCAGAAGCUGUUGUAACAUUUCAGUGAUUUUUAACUAUUUGCUGUGCUGCCAUAAUCUCCAGAGCUAUGGAAAAUCAAUUAGUGUAGUCAGAUCUUUGGUAGCCAGUGUGGACUCUUUGGGCUAAAUGAUAUCUUUCUGUACUGUGAAUGUCUGCGAAACACCGAGGUUCAGAUUUUGGCUUGUUCUCUGAAAUCACCCAGCUCUUUAGUAUCUCCAAAUUAUCCACACGGGUUUCAAUGUUUCAGAAGAUUUUGGAUAGAUGGCACCCAAGACCUCUUGUCUUCUUUUCUGCCAAACAGGAAAUUUGCUUCCGGAAAGUGAUUUGCUACUUUUCCUCACAGGAACUAUGUGUUCUUCUUUUGAUCUUUGCUUGCCCGGUCCUUGUGUGCACUAACUGCCUUCAAAUCCUCUGCUGUGACUGCCAGCCCCACAUCUUCUGAUAUUAACAUUUUACCUGUCGGCACUGCCUCCAGGCCGGGGGUCACCAGAUCACAUAGACCAGUAUUUCAUGCUUUCUAUUUUAUCCCUUUAUAGCAGAGAUAAACUCAUAAAAAUCUUUUUACAUUCUCACGUUAAACUUUAUUUUAUUUAAAGAUUAAGUAAUUAAAGAUACCACCUUUGUAACUAAUGGAAUCAUACUGAAUUAUUAAAUGAAUCUGCCUCACAAAAACAAGUGCAUUCACCGUAAGAAGGUUAUAUGGAUCACUAGCAUCCUAUGGGAAAGGGAAUGUCCUAUUCUGGUUUGUUUCAAAUGAGACUUCAGAUCCACAGCAAUGUCUCGUAGUAGACCCAUAAUUGCCCUCUGAGUUAACAUAACAACCGUUCAGUUCUAUAGGCCUUAAAUGCUGCCCCUUUCGGGAUGAUAGUAUCCUGCAAAUGAACAAAACAAAGUGAGGAUGAGGAUUGUUAGCAUUAUGGAUAGAGACAGGGAACGUGUUCAGGUAAGAUUAAAUUAGAUUACCUACAAAGUGGAAACAGGCCCUUCGGCCCAACAAGUCCAUACCGCCCCUUGGAGCAUCCCACCCAGACACCCCUGAACACUAACAUGGCCAACCCACCUAGCCUGCACAUCUUUGGACUGUGGUAGGAAACCGGAGCACCUGGAGGAAACCACGCAGACACGGGGAGAAUGUGCACACUCCACACAGACAGUUACCUGAGGCUGGAAUCAAACCCAGGACCCUGACGCUGUGAGGCUGCAGUGCUAACCACUGAGCCACCAUGCCGCUCCUCCGUGCAGAUCUCCCUGAUCAUCAAGCCAAUUAUGGAAUUAUUUACGAAGCAAGAUCAGGAGCAGAAACAUAUCUGGCAGUGAUGCCAGGACGCUGUACUUUCAUAACUGGGCUGAGGCAUGCAGAUGUUCCCUGGAAUGGGCAAUGUUUCUGAAGACUUUUUUGGAAUUGUGGCUGAAUGGACCAAUAGCUUCAGUACUCUAAAUAUAAAGAUCAUGGAUGCACUAUUAUCGAUGUUCUGUGAAAUUUGACAUACGUGGACUUAUAAAUAGAAAUGCUGCCUUUAGUUCAGAUUACCGAUAUUUGCUUUUUUGUCUGAAGUGUCAUGAUCUAUUUUUUAUUUUAAAAAUAAGGGUGACAUUCCAGCUUUGGGUGACUGUCUAUGUUGAGCUUGCAUAUUGUCCCUGUGUCUGUGUGGGUUUCUGCUAGGUGCUCUGGUUUCCUCCCACAGUCCAAAGAAGUGCAGGUUAGGGUGGAUUGACCAUGCUAAAUCUCCCCCUGGAGUCCAAGAUGUCUAGGCUAGGUGGAUUAGCCAUGGGAAAAGCAGGGUUAUGAAGAUUGGGUAGGAGGCUGGGUCUAGGUGGGAUGUUCUUCAGAUGCUCACUGCAGCCUCAAUAGGCCAAAUGGUCUCUAUGUGUGCUGUGGUGCUUCCUUGAUUCUAAGGAAUAGUGUUUCUUUAGUGUCUUUCAUGCCCUCAGGACAUCUCACUUUAUUUGCAGCCAAUUAUGUAUUCUUAAAGUGUGGUCAUUAUGUAAGGAUUGAGACAGCCAAUUUGUUUGCAGUAAACUUUCAGUUACUUAGUUAACAUGUUGCAUCUUUCCCUCUCCACAGAUGCUGCCAGACUUAGACUUUCUCCAGCAUUCUCUCUGUUUCAGAUUUCCAGCAUCUACAUUAUUUCAUACAGUUACUUGUUUUGUUGCAAUAUUCAUUAAAGGAUAAAUGUUGCUCUGGGGACCUUAGUU